UGUUGACGUCUAUCGCGUGAUGUGUUAUCGCAGCGGUGAUCACAUACCGCGAUGUUGGGGACGCCAGGGAGCAACGACGAUGAAACUUCGUCCACACGUCAGAUGCAGUCGUCGGAGGCGUCCGACGAUCUUGACUGCGAAAGCCGCAGGCCGUUUCGAAUUCCAAUGGAAGGGAACUUUCGUGGUUGUGAGCUGCGGACAUCGUGGACUGGAGAUCGCGCGCAUGUCGACUCGUGCGUGAUAGACGGAGCAGGCGGUGAUGUAGAAGAAUACUCGCACAACCGACUGCAUUGCGAUAUCCUAAGUAGACUGGGGGAGGACGACCCGCGAGCCAGGGUCCACGAAAGUGUACCAACAAGCGAUGUCGAGGACGCCAAGACUCGAGGGCAAUGCGACUUUCUCCACGCGUCAGAUGCGGUCGACGGAGGGCGCCAAGAACAGUCGCUCAACCGAUCUCAGGACGGCUCCGACCCGUUGCAACCACCGUGCGGGCCGCUCUUGUUCGUCGCUGUUCGCGCCAGCAGAACGCGUCUCGCAGGGUCCAUCAUCUUGUGGGUCGACGAUGGCGAAUACAAUUUCAAGUUUACGUUGAAAAAGCAUUACAGAAGUGAUGGUUCUGUCGACGGCAUCGCAAAGGGAUGCAAGGUUGUCGGGAAGAUGUUCGGCGGGUACGGCCGUCGUGCAAUGUCUUUGCCUCACUUUCUCCCGCUAGCGUCGGGGCACGACGAGGCCGUUCACGUCACAGACUUCCUCGAGGUCUGGGCGAAAGCUGGUACCUUUGUCAGUGCCGUGGACAUCGGACCUGGAACAUCGAUCAGUGGUCCUGUUGGGUUCGCGGGAGGAGAGUGCUCUGAAAGGGAGAUGGGAGGUCAGGGUGGCCUGCCAGAUACGCCUCCUGAUCAAGAGGUGGGCAUGUCAGACGACUCGGAGGACGACCAUCCGCGUGCUCCUUUGAAACCAGGCUUGCAUGUAUCUCGCCGCCACGGUUUGCUUGGGGAGUCGACGCCACAUGGAGGCGGCAAUGGCGAACGGUUGCGACAGGGCUCGGAAUCGACGACUCCUCGUGGUCUGGUCGAAAGGAUCGGUUCGUUCGUUCGUGGCAUGCAGGUGGCCGAGGUUUCGCCUGGAGAUCGAGCGGGUGGUAUGCAGGUUCGAGAGGUGCGUGGGUCAGAUGAGACGACUCGCCGGGCCCGACCAGCGCCGGGGGAACUGCAGACGGAGUUGAGCCAGGAACGAGAAGCAAGUAGGAACGUCGUCGGUGACGAGGUGUCCGAGCAGGGGCUGUUCCGUGAGAGAUCGGUUGAAAAGACUCAGUCGGGAGGCAAGCGCAACUUGCCGGAUGAGGAAGAGCGAGAGGGACUAGGUGCUCUGAAAAGGCAGAGAAAGGACGAGGUGCGAAAGUGGGUGCGGUUCAUGGCGUUGGCAAUGAAGAAGACGCCGUACACGCCUAUUUGGAACCUGUCAAUGGAAGCAAAGAAAAGAAAGGAAUGGGCUGAGAAACUUCGAUACUACCUCCCGCUGGCCAUCGCAGAUGACUCCGUCUUCGCUUUGGGGUUGAAGUUCUAUGAGGAGUGGUCGAAAGGGAAACUCCUUGCUUCCGACGACCGGUGUUGGACUGAAAAGCCGCCCACCCAUGAGGAGGUGGCCAAGCCAGGACUCUCCACUGUGACUGACAGCCAGGGGCUGAAGAAACACGUCUGGUACGUGAAGGUGGACGACCCGUCGUUGAAAAAGGGCAGGGGGAAGCCAAAGAAAGGCGCGGAGGAGAAAACUUUCUACGUCCAAGUUCCAGAGUUGGAUGUCCACUGCUGGAAGGAAUUGGUGGACUUGACGGACCGCGAUAAGAAAAGGCUGUUGAACGGCGUCUUGAACCUUAACGUCGUGUAGGUUCAAACGAGUAGCAAAAGGUUGGCCGACCAGGGCAAGUUCAGUGUCAAGGAGAUGGUCCACAUAAUAAAAAUGGACCGGAUUA